AUGUCCCAUUCGAUUCCGUCCAGAACGGACAGUCAAGCGUCAAGCUACCUCAGAAGCAGCAGUACUCGAAGGCCCGACACUUCUGCGACGAGUGGCUACCGUAGCCGAAGACCACAUACAAGUCUCAGCGGCUAUUCGGGCUAUUCUCCCUCCGUCACAAACGUAUCACGACCUUCUACCGCACGUCCUGGGUCUAGACCGGGUACAUCUUCAGGAAGGAGAUCACGUACCACGGCGGCCUCCUCAAUCUUUGGACCUGUCGAAGCACAAGAUAUUGUGUGUGCACUGAGUGAAGCUCGCGGAGUCUCCCCAGUUGUAGGCGUGGCUUUUGUCAACGUUUCCAUCGGUGAAGUUAUUAUCAGUCAGAUUUGUGACAAUAGAGCAUAUGUCAAGUCAAUUCACCAGAUCCAAUUGUCCUCCCCCAGCCGUAUUGUCUUCAUGUCAACGGUCUGCCCCCCAAACAAUCCUAGCACCCUCUUUUCACUGGUACAGAACCUCACUUCUGACGCUCAAAUCGAUGCAUUUGAGCGUUCUGCGUGGUCUGAAACGGAAGGACUGGAGUAUAUCCAGAACCUGGCCUUCAAAGACGACAUUGAGCCGUUAAAGGUUGCUACGCAAGGAAAAUUCUACGCCAUCAGUUCGUUUGCAGCAGCUAUGAAGUACAUUCAUCAAAAGUUCUCGAUCAACUUUGUGCCGCACUCACUUCGCAUUCAGUACCGACCUUCUGAGGAUACCAUGAUGAUUGACAUUUCAGCAAUCCAAUCUCUAGAGAUCAUGCAGAAUCUUCGCAACUCCAAGUCCAAGGACUCGCUAUUUGGCUUGCUGAACCACACAUCAACUCCGAUGGGCUCUAGAUUACUUCGAAGUAAUAUCCUUCAGCCACCGACUGAUGCUGAGAGAGUUGUUGUCACUCGCUAUGAUGCGCUUGAGGAGUUGACAACUAAUGAAGAAAUGUUUCUAGAGAUCCGGAAGGCGCUUAAGAUGUUCCAUGACAUAGAGAAGCUCCUGACCAAGUUGAUCAUUGUGCACACAAACGCAAACGUCCAAAAGGUUGAAGAACAAAUCAACCAAGUCUUGAUGGUCAAAAGCUUCCUCGAAGCUAUUCCCGAACUCUACACAGCGCUAGGGCCGGCCACAUGCGAUCUACUUACCAAGAUCCGUGGACGUUGCUGCCCCGAGAUCACAGGCCCUAUUCUUGACAAGAUCCGGCAAACCAUCGAGGCAGAUGUCACUUACAUGAAGUCUGCACUGGAUCUCCGCAAUCAGAGAACCUUUGCCGUCAAAGCAGGUAUCAAUGGCAUGCUUGAUGUUGCGCGUCAGACUUACAAGGAGCUCACCGAAGAGAUUCAUUUACACAUAGAUGCAUUGAAUGGAACUCACAAACUUAAUGCCACUCUGAGAUAUGACAACGGUCGAAAGUAUUGGCUGAGCUUUCAAGCAGCCGACUUUGAUGAUCGGCCCAUACCGGAUAUCUUGAUCAACGUAGUGCGAAAGAAGGACAAAAUUGAAUGUCAAACUCUUGACUUGGUCAAACUGAACCUGAGGCUCUCCGACACCUCGAAUGAAGUGGUAAUUCGUAGCGACAGUGUUGUACAGGAUUUACUCAGGGAACUCCGAGACAAUGCACCACAUCUCUUUCAAGUCUGCGAAUCAGUUGCCCUCAUUGACAUGAUCUCAUCCUUUGCGCAGCUCGCCACUACGCGAGAUUAUGUGAGGCCCGACAUCAGCAGCACGCUGGCAUUGAAAGCGGCAAGACAUCCUGUUCUUGACAAGUUUGUACCCAAUGACUACUAUUCCACAGAGCAAUAUUGCUUCCACAUUGUGACGGGAUGCAAUAUGGCUGGAAAGAGUACAUACAUUCGGGCAGUCGCAUUGCUUCAGAUCAUGGCACAAAUUGGUUCCUUUGUUCCUGCAGAAUAUGCUGCUUUUUCCAUCAUUCACAGCAUCUUUGCUCGUGUCUCUCUCAGCGACAAUAUUGAGAGUAACCUUUCCACAUUUUCUGUCGAAAUGCGUGAGAUGGCUUUCAUUCUGAGAAACAUUGACAACAAGAGCCUAGCAAUCAUCGACGAAUUGGGCAGAGCUACGAGUAACAGAGAUGGACUGGCAAUUGCGAUUGCCAUGUCAGAAGCCUUGAUUGAAAGCAGGGCAUCCGUCUGGUUUGCAACUCACUUUAUUGACCUCACAAAGGUUCUUGCGGAUCGUCCGGGCGUCCUCAAUCUAUACCUUGCUGCCACCAGUUCUACGACGGCGGAGGGCAUCCCUCACAUCACCAUGCUUUACAAGGCCACUUCGGGUGCUAUCAGAGGUGAAGAGCACUACGGCAUCAAUCUGGCUAGAGCGAUUGGACUGCCCCAAACAUUCAUCGACAAAGCAGAAGGGGUGGUAGAAGAUCUUCGAAAGAAACGAGAAGCGAGCAAACGCAGCUCGGAAUCAUCCAGACUGGUGGCUAGGCGAAAGCUAAUUCUCAAUUUACAAGAUGCCUUGAGACAAGCCAAAGAUUUAGGAAGUGAAGAAGCUCUUUCGGGGUAUCUGACUCGAUUACAGGAAGAGUUUGUUGCACGCAUGGAGGAGGUGGACAGCAUGUAG